AUGGAAGUCCCCUGGAUUUUGUUCCGCACAUCUUGCGAUGGUGAGGGAUGCGAGAAAUGUGGCAAGGAAAAGCCAAGAACUCCUAUCGACUCGUUUGAUUUACCAAAGCAUCAGCAAUUCGAUGAUCACCUCGCAUGGAAAAAGACACCAACGCUAUUCAUCAGCUUUUCCAACACCUGGACAAGAGCAAUGCGAUGGCGUGAUUGGUUAGAGAAAGAGGGUCAUACGGACAUUAAAGUGGUUGCUCUGUGGGCGAAAGAUAUGGGCAACGUCUAUGAGGCAAUGCCAGUCGCUUUGAGUUUGAUAUACCCGAAUACGGGCUCCGAUCGUCGACGAAAGCUUCAAAAUCAUGAAAAUGAAUACCUCGUUGAUACCGGUGUGAACUAUGAGGAUCGAAUCUUGGCUGUGUUUCGAGGCGGUGCUGAUCUUCGAUAUAUUACCUUUGACGGUCCUUGCUACGAGAUCACAGCGUCAGUUUCCAGUGAUUACUUUCUUGGGCAAGGGAAGAAUCCCCUGGAAGACUUGGAGGAUGAGAUAUUCCGGCGUACCAGAUUGCGUGAUGAUCUUUGGCUGGAUCAGCUUGUGAAAUUAAUCAGCAAUUGGACUUCACCAGUUGAAGUGCGGAUAGAUUACUCAAGGGUGACAUUUUCUAUGCAACCUGAGAGUGUCUAUUACUAG